AUGGAACUCAGAAAGCUUAUUGGCAUUGUCGAAAUCUUGAAGCAUUUGAUCAAAAUUUUGCCGAGAAACGGUACACGUAUGGCAGUUGUGACCGGUGUCUACAUCAUCGUCUUUCCUCUUUUCUUUGUAUCAAAUCUCUCAACCAUCAAACCGAUUUUAACUGAUCUCGUCUCAAAAGCUUUGGUCUUACCAUCUCUAGACCCACAAAGUCUGGUUUUUGCACAAAUUCUAGUUUUUGUCCAAAAAGAUGUCAAAAACUUUUUAAGUCUUGAACUAGUUUUCUUUCUAGCUCUCAUCCUGACAUCUCUCUUCACCCAAAAUGCAGUCAUUUUACUUACCGGAUCUUCUUAUAACGAUAAAAAGAUAUCCCAGGAAGAUUUGAUGUUGAGGGCGCCACAUUCAUUAUUUAGACUAUUCGUUACUUCUUUCCAUGUAACACUUCUCAAAAUCGGCUUUCUUUUCUUUGGUUUUGUCACAUUGAUGGUUUCAACCGCAAUGCUUUCUGAGUACAAGUUUGUGUCAAAAGUGAUAUUUUGGUUAUUAGUGAUUUUGUUUGUGAGCCUUUAUCUACACUUUUCAGUUGUAUGGGUUCUAUCCUUGGUUGUUUCGGUCCUUGAAGAGUGUCUUGGAAUCGAGGCGUUAGGCAAAGCAGGAAGGCUUCUUAAAGGGAAGAAGCUAGACGGGUUUUUUUUUAACGUUUUGAUCAAUGUUCUAGUAUAUCCUUUAUCUCACGUAUUAUCAAAAUUGACCAUGGUUAAAGAGUCUGAGUUGUUUCUAACCUCCUUUUGGUUAUUCCUUGUGAUGGGCUGUAUCUGUUUAAUAAUCACAUUCGCGUUGCAAGCAUACACAGUUUUAUACUUUGCCUGCAAGAAGAAUCAUGGUGAAGAGAUUGAGCUUCAAGGGAGUGUUGAAUAUACUAAAAUACCUGCGGUACUCCCUGUAGAUAUACCAUAA